AUGCCAGAGAAGCCUAAUAUCCUCCAGGAGAAUGCAACUCAAAGGGCUCCUCCAGCCUCUGCGUAUUCAGAAUUGCCAUCGGUUGGCUCGGCCUGUGCUUGGUCGGGAAACUUGAGCCACAGAGCCUGGCGUUCGCCUCAGCAUCUUCGUGCUGUUCUGGCGGCCAUAGCGUCCGUUACAGCAGUUGCGGCUCUCGUUUUUUUCUGUUCGAGGGUCUACGAGAGACGUGCACUCUUGGCCCGUCGAAGCCGCAAGCUGGCCAGCUCAGAAGUCAGAGAUGCGCCAUUUGAAAUCUGCGAGAAUGAUGGGGAAGAAGUGGAGCAAACGCACAACGGCUCGCGUCUCCCUAACGAUGUUCCUGGCAGCGAGUGGAGUCUGCCCCUUAAAAAGCGAUUGCUGGUAAGAGUGGCUGAAUCCGGGGCCGGCGGUGAUUGGCGUAAUCCCCAGCAACAGGAACAGCAGUAUUUUCAUGAAGCCUCUACAACUGAGUUUGUUUCACCCGAAAGUAGCUCAGGUCCGAGCCAGGAGCAGUUUGGCCUAGCACCAUUUCCGAUUGGAAACCCACCGUCGUCAGGGCACCUGCGAAUGCCCAGCAUGCCCGAUGCAGCCGCAGGGCAAGUGCUUCUCGAUACAUAUCAGUAUCCUGCUGGACAUUCUGCUCAAAAUGCAAGGAAACCAGCCUCUCGUGAGGAGAGGAAGCUGCAGCCAAGGAGGCGCCGGUCGCAGAGGAAGCUGGAGAUCCAGCAUCGGCACCAUCAGCCGCAGCAGCCCCAUCUCCAGGAGCAUCUACAUGUUCAGCAGCAACACAUGUAUUGGCAGCACCUGCCUUGGCAGCAGCAACGUCAGCAGCAGGAGACCAUUCUACAGCAGCUGCUGGAGCGAAAGCAGCAGCAGGUAAUGCAAGAUCAUGUGCAGCAGCAAGCGGUGAUAGCGAAGGAGCAGGCGGUGGCUCCCCAGGUUGAACUAGAAGAGGUCCAAGAUCAAGGGAAGCGGGAGCGAAGACAGGAAGGUGAACUGGAGAUACUGGAACUAGAACAACGUCAGCCGCUGCGUCCUGCAGAUCCCCUUUCAAGGUAUGUGCAGGAAGAUGAAUGGAUUGAUUCGUCUCCACGGCAUGAGACUUCUGAACCCAGAACCCAUCAACUGGCGAUGCAGUCUUCUGCUGCAGUGGCAGCUACUUCCUCUCUGAUCACGCGUCACACCGUUCAGGUGUCUCUGGGACUUCCACUUGCUAGUAGUCCACCGUCUCGUGAGCAUGCAGUUGAUGCUGCCGUAGCUUCAGCAUCAAUGGCUGGAGCAGCAAGAGCGGCAGCCGCGCCUGGGUUUCCAUAUGAUGACCCGGCCUGUUCUACGUCGACAACCAGAGAAGGCAGGGAAGUGGGGGAACCGAUUGUUUCUAGCCUGCAGACGCCUGACAAUAUCAAAGACGAAGAAGCAACAGUUGCUGGAAACUCAGCCAUAGGAGGAGCCGUUUUCGCCAUGCCAGCAACUGCACAGGCUCCGGCCGGAACGGAGCUGCCAGAGACGCCCAACCCCUAUGGGCCUGUGACAGAACACCCGUAUGUUCAUCUGCCGCUGCGAAUAGUAGAGAAGACUCCAACUGCAAUAUUGGCUAACUUGAAGUGCGCACUGGUCUUUCGGCCCUGCAGGCGGGAUGUCGUGCCGCUCCUGCAGAAGGCUCAUGAUCUGCUGUCGCGCCGGUUUUUGGAACUUUCUCAGAUGAGGGAUUUAGCGAGGGUAGCGAGAAAGUUGAUGCGGAAUGCGGCAAAACAUCAGCAUCAGGACAUGUCGAAACAACCACCCAGUACCGCAGUUGAGCGACUGGGCUUGCGUUUCCUCAUGCUUGAUGUUGUGGUGUCCACCUUCAUAGUUCUCGGCUAUGACGCAGACCCUGGAGUUUGGAAGACCGUCACAGAUGCCAUCAGCCACGCUGCGCCGCCCCUGGCAUUACGGGGUAGGAAGAAAGAAGAGUUGCAGACCUUCAACACCGCUCUGGGUCAGGAGCUCAGCAAGGCAAUACAAACACUCAAGACGGGAAGUAGACCAGACCCCGCAUGCCUCUUAUAUAUCAAGAGGAUGCUUUUCUGCUCGCCGGAAGCUCCUCGGCGUUUUAAAGCACCUGACUUCGACCGCUGGAGGAAAGAUGACAUGGCUACCACCAGUGAACCUUAG